AUGACUCUUAUUUGGAUACCAUGCUUGUUUCUACUGUGCUUUCUAUCUUUGACUAGUGCCUACAGGUGCGAUGCAUCUCAAUUCGGAAACCUCGUCCAGGGAAAAAGACUAAGUAAGGAUAUUUUGGAAAGUAUCAAACCAGGAGGACUGGCUUUGUGUGCCAGAGAGUGCCUUUAUAGAACACGAUGUCAGUCAUUUAAUUAUGUAGAUUCGUCGGACACAUGUGAGUUGAUCGGAGCAGUUCAAACAGGAAAUCUAGACACCGUAGCAGGUACUUUAUAUAGUGAGAAGUCAACAUGGCCGACAAAAAUAGCUGGUUUAUGUAGAGCUCAUGACUGUUCUGAUUUACGAAAAUGUGUACAACAGACCACCAUGUUUUCUUGUAUUGAAAUAUACGAAACCAUUUUACAAGCCAAUGACACAGAGAUGAAAAAGGGAAUUGUCGACACUAUUAGUGGAAUUAGUAAAGCGGAUUGUAUAAACGAAUGUCUGUAUCGUUCACUAUGCAAGGCAUUUAAUUACAAAUCAAUGAGCACCUGUGAACUGGGUACACUCGUAAUGGUGACCGACAUGAACAACUAUGUUGGUAACAAUCAAAAUUCAUUUUACAGUGCUAUAAAUCAGUACGACUCGACUAUUGCAGGAAUCUGUGCCAGUAGCCCAUGUUCAAGAGUAAAUGUUUGUGAAGAAAGUGGCGCUUCCUACAUUUGUACUAGAAAAUAUUGCCUCAAACCUACAAAUACAGUUUUUGAUCAAGUCGUUCCUUUAUAUGAUCAAGAUAAAGAACUGUGGCUGCUGUCAACCAAUUUAACCUACAAAUGUCAAGAUGGUUAUUACCCAGUAACAAUGUGGAAUUGUCAACUCAACGGAACUUGGACAUCUCCGUCAUGUCUACCUAUAUCGAGAUGCAAUGCUAUUUUCCAAGCUGAGAAAUGUGAUACACCAAAUCGGAUUAAUGCUUUAUACAUCUUAAAAUAUCCUGACUUGGAUCAUGAUAUAUUAUUAUAUUGUAAGGUGGAUGAUGUUUUAAAUUGGGUAGAGUUUGUUAAUGUUGGUACUACUUAUUCUUAUUUUUCUACUAAUCUAUCGGAGCCUGCCUGCCAUGUUCAAGGUGAAUGUGGUACAUCAACAUAUACUAUGGUUCGAGCUAUUCCAACUCCAGCGGCGGAAUAUGUAAACAACAGGGACCACGCCAUAAGAACAUGUCCAGUUUUAUAUGGUCCAUAUCCUGGAAAGGCGGGGAAAAAUUGUACCAGCUUAUGUAACAUUCCCGGGGAUAAAGGAAGGUUCCAAAUCGAUUUAAGAGGAACUGGAUUGAAGUUUAUGAGGCAGACAUAUACGUUCGAAUAUGGCACUUUAGAAUAUGCAUAUGACGAUCAGGUUGCCUCGGCAGUUUGUGAUGAUUGUAAUAAUAUAUGUCAAUUAGGAAAUAAAAGAACUCUCCCUUCGAUUGGAACAUAUAUAAAUUAUACAGGAGCAAUACGUCCAGUUUGUAAAACACUUGGUUGA